AUGGCACCGUGGAAUGAGCUGCGAAUACUAAACGCUGUACUACGCAGAAUCUGUGAAGACGAUUUCACUGUUACCAGACCGGAUGUCCCUCGAGAAAAGUACAAGUCUAUUCGAAGAUGGUACGACGACAGGCACGAGAACGAGCGCCUCGAGACCGUUGGCGACUCCAUCCUAUGGAUGUGCUUUACUCUCAGGAUGUACGAACAAGAAGACGCUACGCCCGGAAUGAUCACGAAGCUGAAGAACGUGCUUCUCAGCAAUAUGGUACUUGCGCUAGUUGCCGAGAAGAGCGAUUCAAGGCUUCCGGUUGCUUACAAGACAUGCUCAUUUCUGCACGACGUACAAGAGCUGUUGGAACGGCAGAAGCGUGGCGAGCAGGUCAAGGUCCGUCUCCCGAAGGCGAGAUUCAAGCCCACCGCGGAUAAGCUCGAAGCCCUCGCUGCGGCGCUUCAUAUGGCACAUGGUCUUGAUGCCGCGCGACAGUGGUUUGACUCUACGUUUGAACCUCUCAUUGAAGCUGGGAUUGAAAGUACGCGCCAGAGGACGAAUAGCGCGCUUGGAGCCGGUCCUUCAUCCUCCCCUCAGAAAGGCAAGAAACGAAUGCUCGAAGAUGCAUCUUCGACUUCCCAAAACGCCAAGCGGAUGCGAACCGAAGCCGGGCCAGUACCGGCAACGUUCGACCAAAAGGGUAAGGGAAAGGUCAACGAGCCCAUCCCGGAUGACGCAGUUGUCAUCGACCUCACCAUUGACGACAUCUCCGACGAUGAAGUAGAGGAGGCACUCGAUGAGGAAGUGGAAGAAGACGAAGACACUUUAGACAACGAGCAUUCCAUCAUCGAUCUGACCGCCGACGACUCUGAUGAGUACGAUGACGACGGCGAUUUAGUAGAUGAACAUGCCCGACUAUCUAUCGCUACACAGGUAGAUUCAGCUCCGCCUCGCGCGAUCCAUCCACUUCCACGGCGUCCGCAUGUCUUUCCUGCAGCCAGCACGUCCAAUCCGGCACCCGAAUCCUUUCUCCCCAAGAAUGGGGGAAGACGGCUAUCCUAUACGCGUCCCGGUCAUUGCAGGACUGUUGGCCAUUAUGCACCCGUGCAUCAACUCGCGGGACACCAGUCUGAAUCAGUCUUCGGCGUUCAGCGCGUAGGCGCGACGGCGUCUGCUCCCAACCCUCCUGCCUCCGUGUUCGGCGUUCUCCCAUUCUCUGAGAAUAGGUUCACCAAAGCGCCCCCCGCGGGACUCUCUGUCUUCAAGGCGCCCACGAGCAACGGUGGCACCGAGCCGCGAGUUGUGUCGGCGUUUGCGGCGGUCUCUACGGCUUCGACUUCGAUGGCUUCAGGCUCAACUCGCGGCCCACCGCCAGCACCCGGCCAGGGAAAGAAGUCCAUACCCACAUACUUUGUUCCUACAGCACAAGUCCCGAACAAGGAGAACGCGAAUAGGACUACCAUUACUGGAGGCGAACGUGUUGCGACUGCGUCGCGUUCGGCCUUCACAUUUGGGCCCUUUACUCCAAUGCGUCCGUCGAGAUGGCCCUGA